UCCACUAAAUUGGCUCUGCAUUGCAGAAAAACUCAUUCACAGAGGUGUGACAGAAAGAGAGAGAGAGAGAGAGAAAAAAAGAUCAGUUAAAUCCAAACAGACCAAAAACUCAAACACUGGACAGGAAGUCGAGACCAGGACUGCAUGAGUAAACUGGUUGCACUGUGCGUCUGUUGUGUGUGCGUGUUAAUUAGUGCAGGAUUAGGCUGAGCUGGAGGAAAGUUGCAGCCUGCAGCACUUCACACUGAGAUAUGCAGAGAUCCUCUCAAGUGCCCGACUAAAAGCCGCACUGAUGGUAACUCAGUGCCACACUCCCUGUGAAAGUCAAGACCACCCCAGAGCUCUCUGCAGGACUGCACACUGACAGCAAUCUGGAGCUGUUAAAUGAGGAGGUUCACUGCUUCAUCACUUUUUGUUCAAGGGGAACAUUUAGAAGAAGAUCCGUGCAGUCCUUGAAGAGAUCACCUGUCAGUCACUGGCAUCACCUCCCUUGGUUUUCUAUAGCGAGAUCACAAUCCCUUUUCUCUUUGUUCAUCAUUUGUGCUUGCUUUGGAAAAGCACAGGUCUGUUAAUGCUGCAGGUCUACUAUUGUUUUUCAAUAUAUCAAGACUUUUUGCCAUAAUUUAUAAGUACUACAGUUCCUGAAAUGCACCCGAAGGAGAGGCUGAAAGAGUUUUCAUUGAGGAUACCUGCCAGGUUUUAACUAAAGUUCCUUAGCGGAUCCAAAUGCAGGGCUUGACUUGGGGGUAAAGGCAUCAGAGUAAAUGUUAACUUAUGAAAAAGUAACAGAAAAAAAUGAGGAGGAUCUACAGAAUACUCCAAAUGUACACCAUCAGGAAAAUAACAAAACUCCAAAACAAGCGGGAGCAGGAAAAUUAAGUUAAUAAGACAGGAGACUAGAGCAGAGAGUUAGGGAAGGCAAGAGAAGAGGAAAUACUAUAUUAUAAUUAUCCAGAAAAGACUCCACCUUUUGGCCAGCGGCAGAUGGGAUAGGCUUCCUGACCCUGAAUUUGAUAAGGAGAAAAUGGAUGGAUGGGCAAAGGGGAGGUCGAAGAAAAAGCAGUUACCAAAAUAAAACAUGAAGUAGAAACGAUGAAGACAACGAUAAGACGGAGGGACUCUGUAGACACUAGCAAAAUAUGAACAUGGAGACAUAAGAAAGGAGGGCAGUACACUAAACAUGCUUACCUGUCUCUAGUUGAUAUGACCACUCUUACUUACAUCACACAGAGCCAAGAGUAGAAAAAAACUGUCUUAAAUCAAGCACUCUGAACUUUAAACUGACUUCGUUAUUUGAAACAUUUGUCCUUGAGUCCUCUCUUCACCCAUGAGGACUCUGAUGGUGUCAUGGUCCUGGGUCUGGUGAUCCAAUGUUUAUGUUUUUGAUUAUUUAUAUUCUGAAUUUUGGGGAUUUCUAGUAUUUAGGUUUUGUGUCUAUGCCUCCCUUGUGUGCUCUGUGUUGCAUCUAGUUUUUGUGGUUUCCCGUUUUACUUUGACAGUCCUGUGUCCUGUGUUCGUGCAUUCUGUUUUGCUUCCUCCCUGUCUUCUGUGUGUGUGUGUAUGUGUGUGUGUGUGCGCACGCGCGCAUGUCAUUAGUGCCAGAGUGUUCCUUUGUUACUCUCUUGUGUAUUUAGUCCUCUGUCUUCUUCUGUCUGUAGUCGGUUCGUCUGCAUUUCCUCUUUUCUUCCCCUUAUGUUUCCAGGUUUUCGGGUUUCUUGUUUCUUUUUAAUGUUUCAUGUAGUGUUUGGUUUUCCCAGUAUAGGCUUUGUUAGCUCUGUGUUAGUCAUUCUUUGCUUUUGUUGUUCUGUUCAGCUAAAAUAAAUGCUCGGUUUCUGUUAAUACCUACCUCUCUCCUUUGUCUGCAUUUGGGUCCUCACUCCCUCAUCUUCAUGCCGUCUGCUUUAGCAGAGGUGACAGAUGGAUACAUCAUGGCCAACUUGGGGUUCAGUAUUUCGCCCGGGGAUACAAGGGAUCAAACUUCUGACCUCCCACUCAGUAGAUGGUAGAUGACCCUGUGUAUCUCCUGAACCACAGCCACAACCUGGCAGCGCAUGUAUGAGAGAAAACGAGGCGGAGCGCAGCGGCUGCGAUGUCCUCAGCAUCCCAGUGCCCAUUCGCCGCGGUGGCUCAGAGUCCAACCUAGAUGUGGUUGACGGUGUUGGGCACGACGGCGUGGGUCUGGAUUUCACCAAAGGAGCGCUGGGAAUCGACAGCCUGCAGCAGAAGAUCCUCAAGGUGACGGAGCAGAUUAAGGUGGAGCAGACGGCUCGGGACCAGAAUGUGGCCGAGUACCUGAAGCUUAUGAACAAUGCCGACAAGCAGCAGGUGUCGCGGAUACGGCAGGUGUUUGAAAAGAAGAACCAGAAGUCUGCGCAGACCAUCGGUCGGCUGCAGAGGAAGCUGGAGCAGUACCACCGCCGCAUGAAGGACAGCGAGACCAACGGGAAGCACAACCAGAAAGACAGCGGCGGCAAGGAGUCCGGGACUCACAGCAAGGAGGGCAGCCUGCGGGAUGUCAGCACCACCGGGCGCCACCAGGCACUGGAUAAGGUGAAGACGAUCGGGCCCGGCGUGUCGCUCUCACCUCCAUUUUUCUUCAGUAAGCCGCGGGAGUUCGCUAACCUCAUCAGGAACAAGUUUGGCAGCGCUGACAACAUCGCUCACCUGAAAAGCUCUAUGGAAACGGGGUCAGGGCUGCAGGUGGAGGGCGGCGCGAGGGGUCUGAGUGGCAGCGCUACCACAGUAGCCAAGGCGACCAAGUACCAGAGUGACGAUGAGUGUUCCACCGGGACGUCUGCAUCCGCUGACUCCAACGGGAACCCGGCAGGAGGAUCGGGGGCGGGGUCAGGGGGGCCAGGGAGGUCAGACUCCAGCGGGCGCCUAGUGGAGGUGCUGGACAUGGUGCGGGACAUCAGGGAUGCUCAAGCGCAGCUGGCAGAGGACAUGGAGACUCUGAACACACAGUUUAAACGAGACUACAACUACUUCACGCAGGUGAUGCAGGAGGAGCGAUACAGGUAUGAGCGGUUGGAGGACCAGCUGAAUGACCUGACGGAGCUGCACCAGCACGAGACCAGCAAUCUGAAGCAGGAGCUGGCCAGCAUCGAGGAGAAGGUGGCCUACCAGGCCUAUGAGAGGGCCAGGGACAUACAGGAGGUGCUGGAGUCGUGCCAGACUCGCGUGUCGAAGCUCGAGCUCCAGCAGCAGCAGCAGCAGCAGACCAUCCAGCUGGAAAACACGGACGCCAAAGUGCUGCUGGGCAAGUGCAUCAACAUCAUGCUGGCCAUCGUCACCGUCAUCCUGGUGUGCGUGUCCACUGCGGCCAAGUUCACCGCCCCGCUGCUGCGCAGUCGCCUCCACUUGGCGCUCACCUGCGUGGGCGUGUCCCUGCUAGCGCUGCUGUGGAAGAACUGGGAACAUUUGCAGUGCGCUUUGGAACGAUUGCUCCUCCCGCACUGAGACCGGUGUGUCCAAAGCUUGGUGGGGAGGAAAUCAACAUGUAGCCUUACAUGAGCCGAUGAUUCUGGGCUCCACGGUGACUAGGUUUAAGGCUCUGAGCCUCACCAAGAACACGUAAACUAACAUAAAUGCUCAAGACCUGAACUGGAACUCUCUGAAGGUGCACACAUGAAAACGUGACUGCUCUGCUGCAGAUCUGCAGGGCCAACAAAAGAUAAAUCGGCUCAGCUGCUUUCAUCUGGUCACCAGGAGACUCUGGUGGCACCGGCAUCACACACACACUGAAGUCUAAAUAUAAAUGAGCGGGAUUACAUGAGGGCAUGGAAUAACACGUUAUUUUUUUCCUGUCCUUUAAAGAGAUGUGUUUCUGUUAGAGCACCACCUCCACACAAACUGUCAGUUAUGAGUCCAGUGGACCUGAUUUGAAUGUGCACACCAAGCUCGCUGUGACAAACACAAACACACAUCCACCUGAAGGUUCAUUCGCACCACGCCUCUCUCUCUCUCUCUCGCUGCUGUUCUGUAUUUAUGUGAGGUUUUUUUUAAUUUCAGCAUCUCCUUCAAAGUGACAGUUUGAAGUCUGGGAUUGCACAUUGUUUUAAGCUGUUUUCUAUCAGUGUGUAAAUCUGUGUAUUCGUGUGCGUUGUGCACUUACUCGUGUGUCUCUGUACUGUGUUUCAUCAAGGAACAGUUAGACAUUUUGGAAAAUAGGCUCAAGUCUGGAUGGUAGAUGUGCAGCUAGAGCCGGGAGAGAUCAUUAAUGGACGUGCUGUGAAAGAAAUCUGCUGUAAGAAUUUAAAACCUUUAAGCUACAGCUGCAGUGAAAAGUGAUGCCCAAACCUGCUUUUAUCGCCCUCCUUCAUUUUUAUUGCCCAAAUCUGACCUCUCACAGGGACUCACAGUAACUAAAUGAUUAUAAAUUUGAAAAAAUACUCCUAAUUAUGCGUUAAUUUAAUGAAUUAGCUUCAUGAUUCUGCUCACCUCAACUGCCUGAUUUUUUUUCCCUGAUCCAUAAUUAUUAUUGUGCAGUCUUCUGGUGUAUCUUUGAAUCCUCACAAUAAUCCUUAUUUAUGUCAAAGUCAAUCCUCGAUGCAGCCCCUCGGCCAUGGUGCUUUGAGAAGGAAACGACUUCAGGCAGUUAUUUUAAAGCUCUUCUUUAAACCUACCAGUCGAGUUUUGUCCAAAAUGAGCUUAAAAUGCUCACAUUCCUGCAAGUUAUGUUUUUAUUAGUGUUUUGGUCCAGAGCUCCGACCCGGCCCAAUCAGCGUUUCCUGCCAGAGCGCUGAACAGAUUUCCUCACAGUUCUUGUAAAACAAGAAAAAUUGUUUAAAAUGUGCACACAGCUUCAUCUUUACCAAGAUAAUGAUCAGAUACACCUGUCAUUUACUGGGCAACAAAAUGAUGGCCUCUCUAACUCUUUCCCCAUUAAGAUGACAUUCAACGAUCUCCACAUUUCCUGUAAUGACAAGUUUUGACACAUCUGUAAUCAAUAAAGAGGCUGUUAGACAAUACGUUCCUGUACAGCCAGAGACCACUUCAUUAACUUCUGAUAGAUGCACAGUCAUUUUAGUCUGAAGUAGCCUGAAAUAUGACAGAAACUCCUCAGUUCAGGUAAAAGAAUCAACAGUUACUCCUAACAGGCAUCCAAGAUGGAAAGGGUUAAAGCCGGGAGUGGGACUAUUUCCCAAAAUGUCAGGCUGCCUGUUUUGAAGUGAAAGCUGCUUAACUGCCUCAUCUCUUGUUAAUUUGGUGUUUUUGUGGUUAUUUUGUUAUGAUGUUUGUGUUUUCAGGUAACUGUUGCUUCUGAAAGCUUUUUAAAGCCUCUAACAGUGAGAAGGGAAACCUUAUACUAACAUCAGGAGAUAGCUGAGAAGCAGAGCCUGUUUUCUCACACGACACAUGUAGAGAGAACACUAACGCGUGAUGCAGUUUGGUGCACGUGGAGGGAAAUAAGGUGAAAAUAUGCCGAUUUGAAAUUGUUUAAAGUUGACACGUGAUCACAUGCAGGCUUCACUUUUUAAGUCCUGGAUCAUUAGAUGGCCUUUUCUGGAGAGGUGAUCAGAACAAAUUACAAUGUAUGUGUGUGUGUAUGUGUGUGUGAAGCCUUUGAUGCUGUGCUGCGUUCAUGUCCAGGGGAAAAAAACACGGCAGCAUUCAGACGCUCUGUUCUGAUAUUUAGAAGAUUUGAGAGGCUGAAGAUUUGUCUCUUUUUACUUGAAAUAAACGUCUGUUCAAGCAUUAAAGCAGCAUGUUUCCCAGCAGCGAUAGCCGCUUUCCCGCACGUGACUUGAAUGCAGCAUCGCAGACUGGACAGAGGGAAGUGAAAAAUGUAGCUCCCCGACCCCAUUUCACUGUGAUGAAGAUGAUGAUGAGGGGGUUAAAAAAUAGGACUGAUGCCUUUUCAGUGCAGCCUGUUUUUUCUUCUUCUGUGUGUCCUUUUUCUGUUUUUCUCUAUUCUAAGAAGAAAAAAAGCCAAAUAUGGAGGUUUUUAUGAAACCUAAGCUCAUCUUUGAUGUUUCUUUGCAAACUGGUUCAAACACUAUCUCUGUUAGGAGAGACGUGCACCUCCUCUCCAAAGCUCUGAGUUCAUGGUGUGUGUGUUUUCUUUGUCUUUUUCUUUUCUAAUUUCUGUGCAUUAGUUUCUGGUUAUGGGUUUUCUAUAACUGUAUUAUUAUUAUUUUUUCAGAUGAUAAAAUAAAUCAUUGUUUUUCUAUCAA